UUUCAUGUUAAGUAACCAGUGUUUAUACUAGAUGAUAAUAUUGUCUUUGAGUUAAUUAGGUCAUACUCUGUGAAAUGAGAACAGCAUUUCUGUUAAAACAGAUUGAAUAUUGUUAUUACUUAUAAGCAAAGCUAGAAACUGCUUUUAAUUAGUGGAACAUGCUUUUGUUGUUUACAUUACUACUAACCUGUAUUCUCUUGACCUGUUCCCAUGGCUUUAACUUAGACAUCAAUCACCCCAUAGUGUAUGAAGAUCCGCUGAAGGGAGUAGGACGAAGAGGAAGCUAUUUUGGUUUCUCUGUGUUACUUCAUUCAGGACCCAAGCCUUGGAUUCAGAUUGGUGCUCCACGUGGUAAUGACACCAAAUUAUAUCCAGGUGUCAUAGAACCAGGUGUGGUGUUUAGAUGUCCUAUUGCAGAGUCAUGCUAUGCAUUAAAGUUUGAUACUUCAGAAAAUAAAAAGGAAUAUGGAAAGGGUAAAUUGAAAUAUCGAGAACAAAAAAAUGCGGCAUGGAUUGGAGGGGCAAUGGAUAUUCAAGAAGAGCAAGGAAAUAUUGUUGUGUGUGGUCAUCGGUGGAGAAAUACAUACGAACGGAAUACAGUUGACUUUAUGCUUGGUGUAUGUUACUGUUCAAAAAUAGAGCAGAAUGGUACAACUGCUAAGGGUACCUACAAAUUAUUGCCUCUGCUUAAUUCAGAUAAGUAUACAACUUCAGUGAACAGACAGCAUAUACCUAAUUAUGCAGUGGGCCAAGCAGGGAUAUCUGUUCACAUUCCUCCACCUGAGCCACAUAAUAGGUCAGAAAUACUGAUUGGUGCACCUGGAGUAUAUCUUUGGAAAGGAACGUCCAUUCGUUAUACAGGUUUUCAGGCAAUGGACUGGAGUUUGGCUAAGCCAAGUAUUGUAAACCUAAAACGGUUUUUUGGGAUAAAAUAUUUUGGUUAUCAAGUAAACUCGGGAAAGUUCUUUCAUAGCAAGAGAUUUUAUAUUGCAAGUAGCCCUCAAGAUACAGACAAUAAAGGCAGUGUAUACAUAUAUGAAAAUGAAGCAGAUGUAUUGAACAGAGCAGUCAAGAUUUUGGUUGGUGAAAAGAGCGGUGAGUUUUUUGGGGGAAGUCUGGCAGUAGCAGACAUUAAUGGAGAUGGUCUAGAUGAUUUGAUAGUUGGAGCACAUCUGUACACCAUUUCGCAUGAUGAAGGUCGUAUUUAUCUCUUUCUUGCGAAUUCACAGUCUACAAUGUUUAGUAAAGCACAAAAGAUAGAUGGCAGGAACCAGGGGUCUCGAUUUGGAACCGCUGUUGUUGCACUGGGAGACUUGGACAAGGAUGGUUUUGCUGAUAUUGCAGUGGGUGCACCUUAUGAAAAUGGUAAUGUUGGAGCUAUCUACAUCUACAGUGGCAGUACUUUGGGUCUUACACAAACUCAGAAAAUUAUGGGACAGGAUAUAGAUUUGAAUCUGAGAGGAUUUGGAAUCAGUAUUGCUCGAGCAGCUGACAUUGAUAUGAAUAUGUAUUCUGAUGUUGCUGUUGGCGCCUUCCAGUCUGGACAUGUGAUUCUAUUUCGGGCUCAUCCUGUUGUAUAUUUUCAAACAGCGAUUCAUACUGACAUCAAUCAACUUCAUGGAAAUGAGACAGAUUUCAAUGUUUCUGUCUGUCUUUUUUACAAAGGGACGGAUGUUCCUAAUUCUCUCAAUGUAACCCGAGAAAUUAACGUGGAUGAAAAUUUCCAGAGAGCCACUAUUGCAGGUGCAACCAAGCCUUACAAUAAAACUGUAAUUGUUCCUGACACUGGAAAAUGUGAGAUUUUCAAAAUUAAUUUGAAGGGGACACAUUUAGAUCAGCACAUAUUUGAACCUAUCAGUAUAAGAGUGAGCCAGAGACUGAUAAGAGGUGGAGAAAAUAAAACAUUGAUCUUGGUCGGAAAAAAUGUAACAAAAGUGCAGGAUACUUUCAAGAAAUAUAUUCCAGUUCUAAAUGAAAAGCAGUCCACCAGCAGUGUACAGAUAGAUAUACCCUUUGCAACUGGUUGUGGUGAUGACAACAUUUGCAUUUCACAGUUGCAACUGAAAUCCAGCUUUUCAGGUUUAGUAUCUGAUACUUUCAUAAUUGGAUCAAAAUCAGAGUUGGAACUAAACAUUGGUUUAAUUAAUUCUGGAGAACCUGCAUAUAUGGCUGGUGUCAACAUAACCAUACCAUCUCCUGUAGAACUUGCUAGGGGUCAUAUGGACUGUCAAGAAACUUCUUUAAUGCAUGCUUUGCAGUUGAAUUGCUAUUUUGGCAACCCUUUGAGAACUGGAAACCCGAAACACGUGACACUGCAUCUGGAUAUGAGCGGCGUAAAAGUCGGAUCUGAGUCUCUCACGUUUAACAUUUCGGCCUACACCAAGAGUAAAGACAAAAAUUUGCAUGAGCAGCAGUUGCGUCUUAAUUUAACCACAGAUGCAGAUGUCAGUAUUAUUGGAAAAUCAGAAGAAGAUGUAUACUCUUACUUCAAAGCAAAUGAAAUGAAAUUUAAACAGAUAUAUGAGGUGCAGAAAGUGGGAAUAAGUCCAAUUGAAGUUGCAGAAGUUGAUUUUAGCAUUCCUGUACAAUGGUAUGAAUCAAACAGCAAGAAAAUUACUUUCUUGGAAUUGUAUAGCCCAAAGGCAUAUCUUAAUGGACAACCAUUAUCAUGCUCAUCAAGAAUACGUUUUCACUCUGAAGAUGAUGUACAAGAUGGAGACAUUUCUGAUGAUGAACCAAAGUCUGGUAUACAAAAUCAGGAAAUUCUGGCAACAAGAGAUGUGUCAAAGAUGCAAAGUGAGGCAAAAGGAUACCAACCACCAGCGAAUCGUACUUUGUUUAUAAACUGUUCCACACCGAAUGUUGUGUGUAAUGCUGUAACAUGUACUGCUGGUCCUUUUGACAGUACCUCCCAGUCUUCAGCUAUAAUAAUAAUGAGUAUGAUCUUAAGAAUCAGUGAUCUAGGUCCAUUCAUGGGAAAGAAGGAUAUCAUUCAUCUCACAACAAGUGGAUCAGUUACUAUUAAGAAACCCGAAAAUCUGAAGUCAACAGCUGGGAACAAUUCAGUGAUGGUAUCUUCCAUUUUUAUUGGAAAUGUCCAAAAGGAAGUGGUAGCUACUUGGAUCAUCGCAUUGGCCAUUAUAGCUGGCAUCCUUCUCUUUAUGUUCCUUGUUAUAGGCUUGAUGAAGGCUGGAUUCUUUGAAAGAAAAAAGAAAGAAGAGUUGAAGGCGCUGAAGGUUGUCGAUGCAAUGGAUGAAUUCACAAUUGGAACAAUUCAUACAGAUGAAAUGGAAGUUCAAGAGUUAGAUAAAGAGGAUACCUAAUGUAAUAGAAUUUAGUAAGUGGAAGUUGGGAGCUCCUGAAAAUUAGCCUGUCAGCAGCAGAUUAUAUGAAUCAAUGUAAGUAAUAUGGGGACUGAGGAGAUGAAACAUUGCAGAAGAUGCAUGCAUGGACUGAAGUUACUUCAACUACUACAAUUUUAAUAACAUUUCAUUCUGAUUUUGGGUGAUGGUUGUUUAAUCUGCAUAAUAAAAGUAAGUGGUUUACUUUACCUUAGUCAUUCAUUCUGGUAUCUGUAUUCAAAGUGCUCAAAAUAGUGGGUCAUUAUCAAGCAGCGUAACAAAAAUUUCACUGGUUUCCAAGGCUGUAAUAAAGAUCUUGAUUUGAAUACAUAUUCCUGUGAUUUUUUUAAUUUGUACUGUGAAAAUUUCUUUGUUGAAAAAUGUUUAAAAAUA